AUGCCAUCACCAGCAUCUAUCAAAGAAAUGCAGCGAUUAGCUGGUCGAAUUGUUGUGCUUAAUCGAUUCUUGGCGAAUCACGCUGCUAAGUCUUUCCUUUUCAUAAGCACGUUGCGCAAUUGUGUCAAAAAGAGUCAGUUUCAAUGGACUCCAGAAGCUGAAAAAGCUUUUCAAGAGAUGAAAGAGUGCUUAAUUCAGUUGCCAACUUUGACAGCUCCGCAAAAAGAAGAACCGUUAAUUUUAUAUCUUUCGGCAUCUGAUGUUGAAGUAGGGCGCAAUGUUAUUGAUGGUGCUUCUAAUGAUGAUGGUACUGGGGUUGGUCUUCGUGUAGUCAGUCCCAAUAAUCAUGAGUUUACUUACACCAUUCUGUUGGAUUUCAAAAGCACCAACAAUGAAGCAGCAUAUGAAGCAUUCCUUGCGGGACUUCUCUUAGCAAUUAAAAUGGGAGCAAAGAAUCUUGAGGCACACAUUGAUUCUCUGUUGGUUGCUGGGCAGAAUAACGGUCUCUAUGACGCAAAAGGUGAAAUGAUGGCUCUAUAUCUCGAACAAGCGAAAGCCUUAAUUUCUAAGUUUCAGACUUUCAAAGUCAUUCAUAUUAAUCAAAGUGAAAACAAGCAUGCGGAUGCACUCAGCAAGUUAACAGCCACAAGUUUCAAGAAUUUGGCGAAAGAGGUGCACAUCGAGGUCCUCACAAAUCCGUCUGUUCCUUUACAACAUGCGAACCUGGUGGAAAUUGGGAAUCCAUCUUGGAUGUCUCCAAUUAUUAUGUUAUUCCAGCACGGAUCUCUUCCGGAAGGGAAAGCGGAGGCACGAAAGAUUCAAAACAAGGCGUUGAAUUAUGAAAUGUCAGAUGGAAUUCUAUACAGGAAGUCGUAUAUGGGUCCUCUUUUACGAUGUGUGGAUAAACUUGACGCGUAA